AUGGAGAAGAAUAUUGACGAUCAUUCAAACACUUUCCCUCACAAAGAUGAGGAAAACAACACCAAUGCUAAUAACACCCCUCAUUCGUUGUCGCCAAAAACCGAAGAAAACGCUAAAGAGGCAAAAUCGGAUGGUGAGAAUGAAAAGGCUAAUGAUUUAGAUCAUGUUAAGGGAGAGCCCGAAGAGGGAGAUAAGGAGGAGAAGGAGAAUGAAGAUGUUCUAACAUUCGAGGUUACACCAGAGACUCCACCUCCAAACCUGGAGAAGGUUUCAGAAGACAUUGAUCAAUUUCUUGCUACUCCACAUGAGAACAAUAACAACAAUGUCAGUGAUAACGAAGAGAAGAUUCCUGAAUUUGUUGACAAGUUUCUGGAUCUCGUGGAAGAGAAAAUGGCGAGGUAUAAGUCUUGUGAAAAAAAGUGGGGUGAGACUGUGGAGGAAGAUUCAUCUUUCUUGGAAGACGUGAAUCGUGUUUCAAAGCUAAUGAAAUUGUUGAAGAAACAUGCAAAAAAGGAUAAUUCAAUAUUGUUUAACCGCGUGGAUGCGAUUCAACAACGAGCAAUGUCGUAUUUGGAGGAAGAGUUCCAUUUGUUAAUGGAAGAAUCUAGAGUCGAAAAUAAACCGGAACCCAAUGGUGCCCAUGACUCGAAAGGGAAAAAUGUGGCAACACCAGAGUCAUCAGAAAAUGAACCAAUAGAGACUCCUAUGGAUUUCCCGGGUUUUAAAGAUGAGGCCAUUACAAAUUUGAACAAAAUAGCGCGUGAAAUGUUAUUUGCAGGUUACGAUUCAGAGUGUUGUCAUGUGUACAUUGUUUCUAGAAAGCACAGUUUUGGCGAUGGUUUGCACAAGCUUGGGUAUGAAAGGAUCAGCAUCGACGAGGUCCAAAGAAUGCAAUGGGAAUCACUUGAAAGAGAGAUUCCAACAUGGAUUAACACAUUUAAAGAAUGUGCCACUGUGUGGUUCCCCGGAGAAAGGAAGCUUGUUGCUUCAAUUUUCUCUGAGGAUCCAUCGAUGGCAGACACACUCUACACCAACCUGACGCGUGUAGUGGUGUUUCAGCUUCUCAAUUUUGCUGAAAGUGUCGCGAUGGCAAAACGCGCUGCGGAGAAGCUCUUUAAGUCUCUAGACAUGUACGAGACUUUAAGAGAUACAAUUCCAAACUUGGAAAAACUCUUCCCAAAGGACAUUGUCGAUGAAAUCAAAGCUGAAAUGACAUCAGCCAAGAAUCGACUCGGAGAGGUUGCGGUGUUAAUAUUUUGCGAACUCGAAAACUCAAUAAAAAAUGAUAAUGGAAAAACCCCAGUUGCGGGGGGCGCAAUUCAUCCGCUAACUCGCUACAUAAUUAACUAUCUACGACUCUCAUGUGAGUAUAAAGACACAUUGGAAGAAGUGUUUCGCGAACAUUCAAAAAUUGAACGUUCAGAUUCAACAAGUAGGCCACGUUAUGAAAACGAAAAUCAACAUUCAAACGAGAAGGAAAAUGAGUCACCUUUCACAGGACAAUUGACACGUGUAAUGGAAUUACUGGACACAAAUCUUGAAGGAAAAGCUAAGUUGUACAAAGAAGUACCAUUAAGUUGCAUCUUUAUGAUGAACAAUGGAAGGUACAUUGUUCAAAAAAUAAAAUCUUCAACUGAAUUUUAUCAAGUGAUGGGUGAAACAUGGUAUCGUAAGAGAUCAACAGAGCUGAGAACUUACCACAAAAACUAUCAAAUAGAAACAUGGGGAAAGAUAUUAAAUUGUUUAAGUCCAAAAGGACUAAAUGAUAAUAACGGGAAGGUUCCAAAGCCAGCAUUGAAGGAAAGGUUCAAGACUUUCAAUACAUUGUUUGAUGAGAUACAUAAGACACAAAGCACUUGGGUUAUGCAUGAUGAACAACUUAAAUCUGAGCUAAGAGUUUCAAUAUCAUCUCUUGUGAUUCCUGCUUAUAGAUCAUUUUUGGGGAGGUUUUCACAAUAUUUGGAUCCAGGUAGACAAACAGAGAAGUAUAUUAAGUUUCAAGCUGAAGAUAUAGAGACUUACAUUGAUGAGUUAUUUGAUGGGAAUCCUAACCAUGGCACCAUGGCAAGGAGGAGAGCAUAA